AUGCUUUCCGCGCUCGGCGCAAGCUCCAAGGCCGUGCUGCGCGCGGACCUGCAGCCAUGUGCGUCAUGCCACUCUCACCGCCUCGACUCCGCUCACCACCUCCCGGCAACCGCGCUGCUCUUGCAUUCCGCUGCCCCGCAAGCGCACCAGCUGCGCGCGCUCCGGUCCUCUUCAGCCGCUGCGCUCUUCCCUUCAGCCGGGGGCCGCGCGGACAGUGGGCGCAGGUCCGCGGUUGUUCGCGUGAGCGCCGAAGCGGAGACUCCGCAGAGCGAGCGGCUCCAAUUGAACGGCUCGGUGCUGCGCGCGGACCCGCUGUGGUCGGCGGUGACGGAGCAGGUGGCCAUCGGCGGGAGCGUCACGACGGCGGGUGCGGAGGACGUGCGCGCGCUGCAGACGCAGUUCGGCAUGACGGCCGUCGUUAACGUCGAGGAGGAGAGCGCGAUGAAGGCGCGCGGCAGCAGCUGGGACGAGGAGCGGCGGCGGCUGGAGGAGCAAGGCGUGGUGGCCGUGUGGGUGCCCGUCAAGGAGCACGACGCCACUGAGCAGGCGCUGAUGCUGCCGCAGGUGGUGCGGGUGGUGUCGGCGCUGGUGGCGGCGGGGCACACGGUGGUGCUGCAGUGCUCGUCGGGCGACCGCAUCUCGCCGCUCAUCGCCAUCGGGUACCUCAUGUUCGUGCGCGGCAUGCCCGCAGAUGCCGCGUCCGCGCUCGUGGCGGAGAGGCGCGCCGGCAUCAGCCCGCCCAUGGGCGUGCUCACGGAGGCGAUGGAGAAGGUGUUGGCGGGGGCGACGGCGCGCGUGAUAGAGAUAGCGGAGAGCAUCUACCGCCAGCGCGAGCGCACGGGGCAGCCCGGCGACUCCAACUCCGACUGGGUGGUGCGCUCCCCUGCCCUGCCUUCCCCCCUCCCUUCUCCCCUGCCUUCCCCCUGCCCCCUCCCUUUCCCCCUCCCUUCCCCCCUGCCUUCCCCCGGGCCUUCUCCCCUGCCCUCCCCUCGCCCCGCUAUGCGCGCGUGCUGCUCACCUCCCAGUCUGCGAAUUCCUUCAUCUUUUGAGUCGACUCAAAACUCAUUCGCCAGCUUUCCCUCCUCACCCCCCCCUUCUCCCCACCCUCAAGCCCAGCGGGCGUACAUCAACGAAGCCUUUGCCAAAUGGCUCGCUGCUGACGUCAGCUUCGCAGAGUCUAUCGCACAGGUGAGUGCCUCGAGCCGUCCACCCCUCCACCCCUCCACCCCUCCACCCCGCCACCCCACCACGCCACCCCGCCACCCCGCCACCCUUCCAUCCUCAAGGGCUCUCCGUGGCCUCGCCCCUCCCCUCGCCUCUGCUUCACGUCAUCUUCCCCACCCGCGCCUGCUUGCCUUUUUCUACCCGCUGGUGUCUCUCUGGCCCUCCACUGCCACGUCUCACCGCACUGCAUCUCAUGGCGCCGCACUGCACCCCUGCUUGUCCCCACUGCAGGCGGCGGAGCGCAAGGCGAGGGAGCAGCAGGUGGCAGAGGAGGCGGAGCGGAGGGCUGCUGGGCCCGCCAAGGUAAGGCGCCUCUACCCUCUCGCCUCUACCCUCUCGCCUCUACCCUCUCGCCUCUGCCCUCUCGCCCCUUCACAUGCACUCUCGCCCCUUCACAUGCACUCUCGCCCCUUCACUCUCGCCCCUUCACAUGCACUCUCGCCCCUUCACUCUCGCCCCUUCACAUGCACUCUCGCCCCUUCACUCUCGCCCCUUCACUCUCGCCCCUUCACUCUCAGCCCUUCACUCGCUUUGUUUCAACUUUCAACCCCUCUGCACGUACCCCAGUGCCCGCACCGCACCCAACCGUUUCUCUCCCCGCCCUGCUACCGCGCCCUGCCCUGCGCCCCCCCCAGCGCCUGCUCACGCCCAUCCGCUGGAGCGACUCCGCCAAGGCCCCCGCGCCGCCGCAGUCCGCCCCCCCCGCGGGGGGCGCGGCAGCAGCGAGGCACUGGCGGCGGCGAACCGGCGCGUGGCGGCGCUGAGCAAGGAGCUGGAGGGGGUGACGCGCGUGGCGGCGAGCAGGCGGCGACGCUGCAGCGCGCGGGGCAGCAGGUGGCGGAGCUGACGGGGCAGGUGGAGGCGCUUCAGCGCAAGGAGCGGCUUUACACGGAGGCGCUGGCGCAGGCGAACGAGCGCAUGGAGCUGCUGGGGGAGCGCAUGCGCGCCGUGGAGCAGCAGGGGCGCGAGGAGAAGGAGCGCCUGGAGGGGGAAGUGCGCUCGCUGCGCGCGCGCGUGGAGGCGGACGAGCAGCGCGGCGGGCGCGCGGAGACGCGGGUGAUCCAAGGGCUGCGCAUGGAGCUGCAGGCCGCGAAGGAUGAGGUUAAGGUGAGCAGUGGGCGGCCGUCGCGCGCGCGGAGAAGAGCAUCGGCGCGCCUCAGCGCGCGCGUGAAGGAGGAGGAGCAGCGCGCGCAGGCGUGCGGAGGCGGCGGCGCUGGCCGCGGAGGAGGACAAGCGGCGCACGCUGCGGGAGCUGGAGGGGGCGAAGGGGGGAAAGC